AUGAAGGCUACUGAUACACUUAGGUUUCACCAAACGUGCGUUUCAAACUUGAGGAGACCUUGGCAAACAUUUAGAGAUGGACAAAUAUGGUAUGGUUACACCACCAGAGGUUCAAAGAGACACCAGUUGACCACCAAGCAAGGAAACAAGCAUUUUUACAAGGGUACUGGCUCUUCGGGGUACGGAAAAUUGAACAAGAAUGGAUCUUUCGUAAUGAACUGGUCAAAAGUGAGAACUUAUGUAGUUCCACAAGAUUUAAAUGUGAGUAACUUAAAACCCUUAGUUUCGCCAAAUGUUCCCCAAAUAGAGCAGAAAUAUGUUGGAUACAAGGAUGGAAUUAAGAGUCCUGAGUUGGCUUGGAAAAAUAUCACAGAUUUCAUAGAAUAUGGUGAGAAUUACGACAACAUCGACUUGGAAAGCAAUAACUACUUAGAAGAAUAUGUUCACCCUAAGAUUGUGGAAAGUGACCAAAAAAAGAACUUUGAACCCUCAUCUUAG